AUGGGGAGGAAGAAGCGAAAAAUAAAUAUCGAACUGAAGCCCUUUUGCUACUACUGUGACAGAGAAUUCGAUGAUGAGAAGGUCCUCAUCCAGCAUCAGAAAGCGAAACAUUUUAAAUGUUUGCAAUGCAAUAGGAGACUAGACGUAGCUAGCGGGUUAGUGAUCCACAUGAUGCAGGUACAUAAAACCAAUUUAAAGACGGUACCCAAUGCUCUGCCCAAAAGAAACGACCCAGAAAUUAUCAUAAGAGGAAUGGAUGGAGUUCCAACUGAAAUAAUUGAAGAAAAUUUAAGCAAAUUAAAACAGAAAUUAGGAGAUAAAAAUAUUAAAAGACAACAGAGAGUAAACUGGGCACAAGUGACCAUGGCACCUACAAUGGAACAAUUUCUACAGCAAGCUCAAAUGGGGAAUUUUUCCUUCCCAGGAUUUAAUUCCCCAUUAUUACCAGCAAGUAACUUAUCACCAAAUGUUCCCGCAGAUUCGAAGAAAAAAAACACCCCUCCUAUGCCUUUAUUCUUACCGAACAACUUUACUAUGAUGCAGCCAUCUCCUCCAGGUGCUAUUAUGUAUCCACCAGUUAAUCAACAGAAUGCCACUAUGCCCAAUGUGCCACCUCCUAAUCUUCCUUUCGGGAUGGCCUCACACCAGUCCGUAAAACCAAAUGAUGUAGACGCAAAAUUAGAGGCAGGUGCACCAGUUGGGGAAAAUUCAGACCAAACAAAAUAG